AUGGCGAUGAUCCCGGUACCGCUACGAAAUGUGAGUCGCACAUUCCGGCGACUGCCGGCGGUGACGGCGACAGCACCAUUCAUUAGCUUUAUGCCUUUUGUUCGAUAUUCUGAUUUCCCACGAAAAGCUGCACACAAAGUGGCUAGUCAGUUCACGCCUCCAGCCUUCAAUGCGUCUCGCCUCAACAUUCUGUAUCCGUUGAAUUCAGAUGUUUCGGAGAAGACGCUCCCCGCGUAUACCGAAGCUAUGUUCAAGCGAUUAGAUAUCCACUCGGCACACGAAAAAGGCGUAUACACCAAAGUUCCUAUACCCAGGCAUCUCUCAGCUGGGAAAUACUUUUACUCGAAAUUUACAGCACGUCAUGUUGUCGAGCAGUUUGACAUGCCGGCUUUUGCCCAAUCGCUUGGAGAGCAUCCGAGGGCGGUCGUAAGAGAGCACUACUACGAAAAGAAGAAGAAGAACGAGCCGCUAUGGCAGUGGUUCCAUGGAAGCCAUGCCUUUGGAAGCGCAGGCCUUGUCAUUCAUUCCGGUGGCAAAUUUAUCAAGGCAGUCAGGAAAGCACUAUACACCAGGGGAUACGGUAUACAUGGGCGAAGACUUGGGAAAAGUUUGUUGGGGGCAUCAUCUUCGAGGAAGGACGAUGGCUUGCGAGGCACACUUCUGUUCUACGCCUUGAAACCCCUAGAACUCAAAACUCAAGUUACAAUGAAGGAGAUUCAGGAAGCGGUCGACUUUUGUAUCGACUACUUCAUUCUUAAGACCCGACAGGAGAGCGGGAAGCAGGUCCCGGGGAAAGUUGCGCACCCCAGCAGCAUGUCGAGACGGGCGGCCAAAAGGGAGAUGGCACUGCCCGAUCCAAGCUUAAGAGGAUUGGUUUAUCGACCUUGGCUAAGGAAGGAGGAUAUGCUUCCACAAGGACAUGAGUUCCCACAGAAGAAAGCAGUCGACCGCUUGUGUAAUCAGCAAGAGUCGACCGAACAGCAGCGCUCGCUCCACGUCCACGGGAAGUUGAAGGUUAACAGCAGGCACAAGAGGGCAGGCUCCUUAGAAGGGCAUCCACCCUUUAAUCCUGCCAAAGACGAUGGAUUGCCCAUGAUGAGGCAAUCGAAUCAAAAGAAACCCACUAAAAGAGCAGUAGCAAAGAGGGAAAGAUCGGAAUAG